UUGCCGCGCGUCGCCAACAGGUUGCACCGUUCCCCGCGGCCUCAGCGCGGCCCCUCAGGCGGGGAGCGGCCGGGGGUGGAGUGGGGAGCGCGUGUGUGAGCGAGUGUGUGCGCGCCGUGGCGCCGCCUCCGCCCGCCCCCCGCUCAGUCUUGCUCGCCUGCCGAAGCCGGGCAGCCCUUUCGCGUGUCCGCGCUCCCUCCCCCCCCUCCUCCGCCUCCUCCAUUUUGCGAGCUGGAGUCAGUGCCUGGAGCCUGAGUCGCCGCCCGCCCGUCGGGGACGGAUUCUAAGUGGGUGGAACGAGACGGCGCAGCCGGGGCGGCGCGGCGCCGGGACGGGUGACGCGCGUUGGGCAGCCGGAGAGCGGAGCGGCGCGGGGUCCGACCUGUCAGCUGGGACAUGGGAGACUCGGCGCUCUAGGGACGCCCCUCCCCCAUGGAGAAGGGGGCGACUGUUUACUUCCUUCCCCGGGUGACACGCGCGCCUCCCGCGUCCACACGCCGACUUGUUUAUCUGGCUGCGGUGGGAGCGGCGGCGGCGAGCGGCGCCCGCGCGGAGUUAAUAUUUGCUGAUGGACUCCAAGGAAUCCUUCGCUCCCCCUGGUAAAGAAGUCCCCAGCAGUGUGCUUGGCCAGGAGAAAGGGAAUGUGAUGGACUUCUAUAAAACCCUGAGGGGAGGAGCUACUGUGAAGGUUUCUGCAUCUUCACCCUCACUGGCUGCUGCUUCUCAUACAGAUUCCAAGCAGCAGAGACUUCUGGCUGAUUUUCCAAAAGGCUCAGCAAGCAAUGCCCAGCAACCAGAUCUAUCCAAAGCGGUUUCACUGUCUAUGGGACUGUACAUGGGAGACACAGAAACAAAAGUGAUGGGAAAUGACCUGGGAUACCCACAGCAGGGCCAAAUCAGCCUUUCCUCUGGGGAAACAGACUUCAGGCUUCUGGAAGAAAGUAUUGCAAACCUCAGUAAGUCGACCAGUGUUCCAGAGAAUGCCAAGAGUUCAACAUCUGCUACUGGGUUUGCUGCCCCCACAGAGAAGGAGUUUCCACAAACUCACUCUGAUACAUCUUCAGAACAGCAAAAUCUAAAAAGACAGACUGGUACCAACGGUGGCAAUGUGAAAUUGUAUACCCCAGACCAAAGCACCUUUGACAUCUUGCAGGAUUUGGAGUUCUCUGCUGGGUCCCCAAGCAAAGGGACAAACGAAAGUCCUUGGAGAUCAGACCUAUUGAUAGAUGAAAACUUGCUUUCUCCUUUGCCAGGAGAGGAUGAUCCAUUCCUUUUGGAAGGGGAUGUGAAUGAGGACUGCAAGCCUCUUAUUUUGCAGGACACUAAACCUAAAAUUAAGGAUACUGGAGAUAAGACCUUACCAAGCCCCAGCAGUGUAACACUGCCCCAAGUGAAAACAGAAAAAGAUGAUUUCAUUGAACUUUGCACCCCGGGGGUAAUUAAGCAAGAGAAACUCGGCCCAGUUUAUUGUCAGGCAAGCUUUUCUGGGACAAAUAUAAUUGGUAAUAAAAUGUCUGCCAUUUCUGUUCAUGGCGUGAGUACCUCUGGAGGACAGAUGUACCACUAUGACAUGAACACAGCAUCCCUUUCACAACAGCAGGAUCAGAAGCCUAUUUUUAAUGUCAUUCCACCAAUUCCUGUUGGUUCUGAAAACUGGAAUAGGUGCCAAGGAUCUGGAGAUGACAACCUGACUUCCUUGGGGACUAUGAACUUUGCAGGCCGAUCAGUUUUUUCUAAUGGCUAUUCAAGCCCUGGAAUGAGACCAGAUGUGAGCUCUCCUCCAUCUAGCUCCUCAACAGCAACAGGACCACCUCCCAAACUCUGCCUGGUGUGCUCAGAUGAAGCUUCCGGAUGUCAUUAUGGAGUGUUGACAUGUGGAAGCUGUAAAGUAUUCUUCAAAAGAGCAGUGGAAGGUAGACAGCACAAUUACCUUUGUGCAGGAAGAAAUGAUUGUAUUAUUGAUAAAAUUCGAAGAAAAAACUGCCCAGCAUGCCGCUAUCGAAAAUGUCUUCAAGCUGGAAUGAACCUAGAAGCUCGGAAAACAAAGAAGAAAAUAAAAGGAAUCCAACAAGCCACCACAGGAGUUUCACAAGACCCUUCUGAAAAUCCUGCUAACAAAACCAUAGUUCCUGCAACAUUACCUCAGCUGACUCCUACCUUGGUGUCACUGCUGGAGGUAAUUGAACCUGAGGUGUUAUAUGCAGGAUAUGAUAGCUCUGUUCCAGAUUCAGCUUGGAGAAUCAUGAGCACACUCAACAUGUUAGGUGGGCGCCAAGUGAUUGCAGCAGUGAAAUGGGCAAAGGCGAUACCAGGAUUCAGAAACUUACACCUGGAUGACCAAAUGACCCUCCUGCAGUACUCAUGGAUGUUUCUCAUGGCAUUUGCCCUGGGAUGGAGAUCAUACAGACAAUCAAAUGGAAACUUGCUGUGUUUUGCUCCUGAUCUGAUUAUUAAUGAGCAGAGAAUGACUCUACCCUGCAUGUAUGAGCAAUGUAAACAGAUGCUGUUUGUUUCCUCUGAGUUACAAAGACUGCAGGUAUCUUAUGAAGAGUAUCUCUGUAUGAAAACCUUACUGCUACUCUCUUCAGUUCCUAAGGAAGGUUUGAAGAGCCAAGAGCUAUUUGAUGAAAUCAGAAUGACCUACAUCAAAGAGCUAGGAAAAGCCAUUGUCAAAAGGGAAGGAAACUCCAGUCAGAACUGGCAGCGGUUUUAUCAACUGACAAAACUUUUGGACUCCAUGCAUGAUGUGGUUGAGAAUCUCCUGAGCUAUUGCUUCCAAACAUUUUUGGAUAAGACCAUGAGUAUUGAAUUCCCAGAGAUGUUAGCUGAAAUCAUCACUAAUCAGAUACCAAAAUAUUCAAAUGGAAAUAUCAAAAAACUUCUGUUUCAUCAAAAGUGACUGCCUUACUUAAGAAAGAUUGCCUUAAAGAAAGUUGAGUUUAUAGCUUUUACUGUACAAACUAUCAAUCUGUCUUGUAGAGGUUUUGUCAUUCUUUUUGUCGUGUUUUGUUUUAAAUACGCACUACAUGUGGUUUAUAGAGGGCCAAGACUUGGCAAUGAAGCACUUGGGUCAUCACUUUUAGGUGACGGGACAGCACACGGUGAAAUGUAUUAGUUGGUAUGUCCCAGCAUUAGAAACCAGUGGCGCAGAGGUGGUGUCCAGUGUUGGAGAAGGGCGGCACCUAAACCACCAGUGCCGAGUCUUAUGGACGCUCUGCUCUCUUUUCACUGGCUGGAUGGAACUUUCUAGACUUUCUGUUGGUGUAUUUUUCCCAUGUAUAGUUAGGAUAACAUUUUUGAGUUAUGCAUGGAAACCUGAAAAAAGUUUACAAGUGUAUAUCAGAAAAGGAAAGUUGUGCCUUUUAUAGCUAUUACUGUCUGGUUUUAACAAUUUCCUUUAUAUUCAGUGAACUACGCUUGCUCAUUUUUUCUUAAAUAAUUUUUGUAUUCAAGUCACUGUACAGCUGUUUAAGACAGGCAGCUAGUUCAUAGCUUUCCUAAAUGCCGAACAUUAAUCUUCUGUGUGAAAAUGGGUUGGUGCUUCUACCCUGAUGGCACUUAGCUAUCAGAAGAUCACAAAAAUUGACUCAGAUCUCCAGUAUUCUUGUGAAAAAGCUCUUAUUUUGUAAUAUCUGCUUCCAUGGAGAAUUACAUAGGUUGUACAGAUUAACUAUCCUAACUGGUAUAGAGCACCUAGUCCAGUGCCCUGCUGGGGAAGAUAAGGAUGAUGGUUGCAAAAGACUACAAAAAUAAUUACCAAGAGGCCCAGUUUCCACCUAGUGUCCCAUUCUUUACAGUGGUUAGAUGACAACAAAGUUUGUUAACUUUGAGGACCUCCUGUAGUUGUUUAUGUAACUCCUUAAAAUUUUUGAUUCCAAAUAACCAGCUGUGAAAUAGCUAAGAGAUUUUUAAUCAGACCAAGUAAUUUCUCUCACUAAAUUGUACCCCCAAACUAAAUCUCUAAUAUGGCAACAGUGGCCAAACACCCAUUUUCACAUUCCCACCUGUCACCAAUUGGUUUAUCUUUCCUGGUGGUUCAGGAAAGCUCAGCUACUGAUUUUAAUGAUUUAGAAUGUCAGGUGUCCAUGUUUGUACAACUAUACAUCCCUACAUGUGCCAUAGAAUUUACAUGAGUCUUGUGAACUUCUUCACACUGAGAACUACCGUUGUAAACAAAGCCGAAGCUGUGGUAGCCCUUUCUGUGUGCACCUUACCAACUUUCUGUAAACUCAAAGCUUAACAUACUUACUAAGCCACAGGAAAUUUGAUUUCUACUUAAGGUGGCCAAAUUAUUUGUGUAAUAGAAAACUGAAAAAUCUAAUAUUAAAAAUAUGAAACUUCUAAUAUAUUUUUAUAUUUAGUUAUAGUUUCAGGUAUAUAUCAUAUUGGUAUUCACUAAUCUGGGAAGGGAAGGGCUACUGCAGCUUUACAUGCAAUUUAUUAAAUGAUUGUAAAAUAGCUUGUAUAGUGUAAAAUAAGAAUGAUUUUUAGAUGAGAUUGUUUUAUCACGACAUGUUAUAUAUUUUUUGUAGGGGUCAAAGAAAGGUUGAUGGAUAUUCUAUAUGAUUUAUAGUGUGCACAAGUAUCCAUACAGGCAUCAGUGGUCCUGGAAAUCACAGGUUUGCUCUAGGUGGGGACAAGCGAGAUGUAGACUGGCCCUGUGUGUAGUGAAGGUUGCUGAGGCUCUGACCCAAUCAGAUAGCAGGGGAAGUAAGCCCCUGCCUCCCACUCUGACCACCCUUAUUUCAACAGUGAGUCUGUCAGUGUAAGAUUAGUUUAUUAAAUUUCCCCCUUGCAUUCAAGUAUGUAAGCAGGACAGAAAGGUGGUGCAUCCUAGGCACCAUCUAAUAGCAGGGUUAUUUUCACAUGCAGCCUGUCCAACAGAUUAACAGAAACAGAGGCUUUAGAAGUUUGGCAAUAAUAUGCAUAGAGGUACCAGCAAUAUGUAAAUAGUACAGAAUCCCAUAGGAUGCCAAUAAUACACUAAUUCCUUUCCAUCCUGCAAGAGUUCAUUUCCAAGUAAAAUGAGGACAUGUUUAUGUUUUCUUUGAAUGCUUUUUGAAUGUUGUUAUUUUCAGUAUUUUGCAGAAAUUACUUAAUAAGAAAUGUAAUCAUCUGCUUUUUGAAUGCUCUCUAAAAGGGAAUGAUCACUUUGUAAUGUUUAAAUUGGUCUCAAAGUACUUUAAGAUAGUUAAAACCCAGUUGGAUGUGAAAUUUAUGGUGCCUAAGAAAUACCACUUGAAUAUUAUCAAUGACAGUGUUAAGUUUCAAAAAGAGCUUCUCAAAAGUAGACUGCUGUUCAUUUAUGGAAUGUUAUAUGGUUAAAACUAGAAAGCACAUCACACAUUAAUCUCCUUUCAGUCCUAACAGUCUUGACUCUCAAGAAACAGAGCUCAAUAAAAAAGGAUAUAUGCACUUUGUUUUCAACAGAAGGCAACAGACAUUCAUCAGACUACAAGAAGCUUUCCAUUAAAUGGAUAAAGCUGUACUCCUUCAGAGUGUGUGGGACAGAAGAAAGUUCCGUGAAUACAAGUGAAAAGAGACACGGUACCUUUGAAAGCAGCUUCACUUUCUGUAUGUGGUUUCACACCAUUUCAAACUGUUUAGGCUGAUACUUCAGUGAGAGUUGGUGACAUGCCUAUGUGACUCACAGCAGAUCCUAAAAAGCAUCUUUAAUUAUGGGUGGGGAAAAAGGAAUUUUCUGGUAUUUUUUAGGCAUUAAUAUGGGAUACUGUAAUAGCAGAACUGAGGCAACAGGCCUUGACAGUUCGAGGGUACACAUGCCCAGCUGCAGAACUGUGGGAAAGGAGCUUAAGAAGCGCUUGCCUUCCCUUAGGAAAAACGACAGCUAGCAUCUUAAGCACCUUAGAAGGAACACCGUGCUUAGGGUCUGUGAAGCGCUCAGUAACGAGCACAGGGAGAGAGCCAGCCAGCACAAGGCAGCACAGGGAAGGGGUCAGCAGUCCCAGCCUUCUGGGGCUCAUUAUUCAUAUUCCUGCUUAAGCACCUUGAAACCAUAUCACAGAAUGAACAAUAUUGUUACACUUCAAUCUGUCAAAAUUCAAGAAUCAUGGUAGCCUUCUGUGAGAUUUUGAUGUUGGUUGUUUACCCCAACAAUAAGCUGUAGUUGAAUGUGUUCUUUAAUGUGCCUGGUUUCAGUGUUGGAAGGCAAAAUAAAAGUCUGCAGAAGACACUUUAAACCACUUUGGAUGGAAGUUUUAUCAUUUUCCAGACUAUUUUCAAUCAGCCUGGUCCAUCAGGAUUAGUGGCCAGGUUUUCAGGAAAGGGUUAGCUUCUCUCUAGAAAAUGUCUGAAAGAAUUUUAUUUUCUGAUAAAUGGUUGUAUGAAAAUACCCUCCUCAAAUAACCUGCUUAACUACAUAUAGAUUUAAGUGUGUCAUAUUCUAUUUUGUAUAUUAAACAAAUGCUAUAUAAUGGGACAAAUCUAUAUUAUACUGUGUAUGGCAUUAUUAAGCUUUUUCAUUAUUUUUUAUCACAGUAAUUUUUAAAUGUGUAAAAAUUAAAAACCAGUGACUCCUGUUUAAAAAUAAAAGUUGUAGUUUUUUAUUCAUGCUGAAUAACCUGUAGUUUAAAAAAAAAUGUCUUUUUACCUACACAGUGAAAUGUCGGACUGUAAAAUUUUGUGUGGAAAUGUUUAACUUUUACUUUUCAUUUAAAUCGCUGUUCUGGUAUUACCAAGCCACACAUUUGUACUGAAUCGGCAGUAAAUGUUAGUCAGCCAUUUACAGCAAUGCCAAAUAUGGAGAAACGUCAUAAUAAAAAUACCUGCUUUUUCA